AGUCCCUGAAGGAUGCCGGAGACAGUUGGAGAUGCCUGGAACUACAUCCCGGAGGAAAUUCUCUCUCAUGUCUUUUGCUACUUGUCCCUGCAAGACAGACAUACGGUUUUUCAGGUCUGUAAGAAGUGGGCUGCAGCAGUUUCGGCCGGCUGUGUCUGGAGUUACACAGAAGUCAGGUGCGUGGCCAAAGACGACGAAGCCACCCUGCAGAAUUUGCACCAGUUCCUGCGCCACAUCAAGCACCUUAAGGUGGCCUUCAACCAAUCCGAGGAGGGGAUCCGUCAGAAUGUCUGCCAGAUCCUGGACCUUCUGGCCAAGCAGAACCACAAGCUGCAGGCCCUGUGCAUCGAAUGCACGGGAGAAAAUCCUUAUUUCUAUUCCGGCCAAGACAUCCUGCAGAGCAUCCGGGGCCUUUGCCAGAGCCAGAACCGAAUCGACCUGCAGCACAUCGAUUUUCGGGCGAUGCCGUUCACCUUGGACGAUGGGAUCGUCCAGCUCGUGGCCUCCAGCAGCCCAAACCUGCACACCUUGUACCUGAACAACCGCACCUUAGUGUGCAACGUCACCCCGGAGACCAUCAUUGAACUUCUGAAGGCUUGCCCCCAAUUGUCCACCUUGGGGGUCUAUUACGCCAGCCUCUCUGAGGAGGUCUUUAAGGAACUGGUGACCCUCAACCGGCCAACUUUCAAGUGCCUGGAUAUUUUCUGCGAGCGGCUGGACAAAUACAUCCCCGUGAUCUCGGAAGAGCUGUGGGCUUUGGUGUGUGAGAAAUACCCCCAGCUCUACGUCCAACUGGAGCUGGACCACACGGUCCCACAGUGGAAGAUCCCUCGCAUCUUGAAGCCCAACAUCCCAGUGACGGAAUUGCAGCUCAACACGUUUGCCUACAUGGUGUACCAAGUCCGCUUUGCCACCGUCAACUACAGCGGCACGUUGGAGAAGCUGGUCCUUCGCACCACCUCGUCGGACGAACUUAACGCCGCGCUCGUCGAGUUGGCCCAAAAAUGCUCCCGCUUGAAGGAGGUGCACUGUUUCUGUGUGGUCAGCCACGCGGUGGUGGAGGCUUUCCUCUCAGGCUGCCCCAGGUUGGAAAGUUACACCCUGAAGACCUCCAAAGAACGCAGCCCUUGGCAACCAACCACCAUCUUGUGAUUGUGCUUAAGGGUGGUUUUUUUUGUUUUUUUUUUAAACUUUUGCCUCAUAGGAAGAGGGAACAUCAGUAACUCAGCUCCUUCUAAUAAGUUUGCCCAUGGUGUUUGUUGAUGACACGGUCCAAGGUUAUAAUGCCAGCUUGUUUCUCCCAAAAUGAAAUCAGUGAACGGAAGUCAAUGGACGUGGUGAUCCUUGAGAGCAAUAAGCUCUAGUAUGAAUGUGUGUGUGUGUUUUGUGGCUUACGGUAAUAUGGAAAUCCAACCCAUUUGGAUCAGGAAGCCUUGGCAAAGCAAACCAUGUGUCAACUCAUAAAAUAUAUCUAUGGUCUUUUUAGAGUUGCCAACAGAAAGGGAAG